UCUGGGUGUCUCUCUUCUUCGCCAAGUGAAGCAGCACGGCAGAAGUAAGACGCAGUUCAAGUUUGGUUUAACAGCGCAGGGAGACUGUCCAGUCAUUCAGGCCUGUGAAAGCCACAGGGAGAGCCUCUGAGGAUCCACUGCACGGAGAAGAUAUGGAGGAGACGGGCGGUGCUAAAGCGUACGGGGUUUCGCUCGCGGGAGGAGGCUUCGAUGUCAACAAGUUUGUCCGACAACCACAAACUAUCGUGCGGUUUCUUAGCUGGCUAUUUGCCUUGGUGGUGUUUGCCUGCAUCACAACAGAGGGAUACAUCAACUCUGCCCACAGUCCUGAUGCAAAGUGCAUCUUCAACCAGAACGACUCGGCGUGUCAUUAUGCUGUGGGCAUCGGGGUGAUCGCCUUCCUGGCAUGUGUGGCGUUCCUGGUGUUGGAUGUUUAUGUGCCUUAUAUGAGCAAUGCACAGGAGAGGAAGUACGCUGUCAUGGCAGACCUGGGAUUCUCAGGGGCGUGGACCUUCCUGUGGUUUGUGUGUUUCUGCUUGUUGGCCAGUCAGUGGGGUAAAACUCAUGACAUCGGAGGAGGACCGAUGGACGCUGCACGUGCGACUGUGGCCUUCUCUUUCUUUUCCAUUGCAACAUGGGGAAUCCUGACUUACUUUGCACUUGGUCGUUUCCGCCGAGGCGUAAACGAAGUUACGAUCCCAACCUAUACAGAGCCACCACCGGAUCACCACACCCCGUACCCUCCAACCUACGCCCCCUCUUCAUACAACCCUACAACCUACAAUCCCACCACAUACACCCCCACCACAUACACAGCUUAUCCUAGCAGUGUGCCAGACAUGCACCCACAGCCUCCCUUUGCCCCUCAGCCUCAGCCGCAGGGAGACAUCAGCUACCAGCCACCGAACUACUGAGACAAGGGGGUCACAUGGGUGAGGAUGUGUCCCAGGUCAUCUGUUGGUGGACUGAUUGUAGCUGCACUGCCCAGAGUUAUACUCAUAUCAUAUUGAUGUGGUUUAACACUUGAUUUGACAAUUUUAUUAAAAUGUGAAAUCAAAUUGAGAGCCUGAGCAGUGCACCUGCAAGUCAGAGAAGAGGGACACACUGCAUCAAGGGUCUGCUCAGAUCUCAGGACGUCAGGCUGACUGUUGAGUAUAGCUCUGAUGAUUGAGUAAUCUGACUUUUGACCUUUGUGCAAAGAUGCAACUUUUACCUCAAAUGUGCUUAUCCUGAAGAGGAGCGGUGGGAAUGUACCUAGGAGUUCAAAAGUCACUUAUGUGGCAUUAAGAUGAGAACCUGCAGAAUGCUCCUAUCAGAGUGGAAGAAGCUGUCGCUUCAUGUUUCUCUUUUCUCUGUUGGAAACCUGAGAAUGUGCAUUUGUACAUAGAUAUCACGAUGCAAAACUGCCAAUUUAAUGGUUGUAUGUGCCUGUUUUCCUCUUUUCUUGUCUGGUUUAUUCCCCUCUCUUGCAUUUAAUGUAAGGAUCUAUAAACAGUUAAGGAUUCAGGAUACAUGGGAAAACCACUUUUAAGCCAAAUGUCUAAUGAAAUUCAGUUAUGUAAAAAGUCACAGUGCCACAGUAAAAUGAUUCAUGCCAUCUCAACAACUCGAUUGUAAAUGUGUUGCUUAUAACAUGAGAAACUCUUUAUACCUUUCCUCGAUUUUACCUCCGAACAACAAUGAACCAUCCUGAAUUUGGUUGUGAAAUAUGUCAGUCCUUAGAGGAGUUAAUCCUGCCAUUUUUGCUCUUUAGUUAACACUGGGAUAGAAGGGAGGAGCAUGUAGAUAACAUAGCACUUAUUAAACAGGUCUAUCCACCGUAUAUCAGCUCACACUGAGAGUGACAUAUUAACAAUCGCCAACACUGCUCACUCCAGCAGAGCAGCCACACUCUCUGCUAGGCCUCAGUGGCUUAAGUUCUUGCAACACUGAUGUUUAUCUCCUGUUUACAAGUAAUGUAAUCUAAACAUCUGAAGGCAGACUGCAGCUGGUAUGUUUUUACAGAUGACAGAUUAAUAUAUCAGCCUGCUAUGGUGAGAUUUAAACACCUGGUCCAUCUGGUUUACUUUGUUUUUAUGUGCCUUUCAGAAAAAAACAAUGUCAGUUUAACAGUUAAGGUGUGAGGAAGAUCAGACUAUGGUCAUGAUCAGUGGUUUUCAACCCUUUUUUGGCUCUAGGCACACCUUUAAGAUCAAGCCAAAAUCUCAGGGUAUAACAUUCAUUUCUAUGCAACAAAGGCUCAACAGUAUCUUCAGUAGUUGUAUAGUUGUAGUAAUAACCUAUGGAAGUACAAAUUCCUACAACACACCCAGAUUUGCCUUAAGACACUAUUUUGUGAAGCACUGGUCUAGCUCCUCUCCAAGUUAUAGUAGCUUGGAUAAAAAGGGCCUGAAGUCAGAUUUUGGUAUAAAUGCGUGGGUGUAAGCUAACCCAGACUUUGGACAUGGUUGUAUUUAUUUAACAUGGCACUGUUAUGGUUUCUAGCUGGGAAGUCUUAGUAUUUUCAGUUUAUGCUCAAGAAGAAAGGAACAUCCUGAAGCCAGUUGUCACUUACUGUGGUUGAUUCUUAUGCGGAGAGAAAUUAGACACAAGGGUCUUUUAAAUAAAAUGUGCCUUAGUUUAAUUCUGAAGUUGUAUUAAAGUCAAACAGCUGUAUCAUUGCUCCCCUCACUACUGUGCCAGACUGAAUGUCACAAAUGCACUGGAAAAUGAACUAAAUCUGUCCUGUAGUUAACAUAAAAGAUCACUGUAUGCCUUUGCUUACAAAACUGCGGCUUGUAACCAACUCGGAUGACUCAGCUGUUUUUCCCCAAACCUUUUGAACAUUCAUUAAUAGUGUUUUUCCAAGAAUUUUUACUUUACAUUUCCUCAGAUUAAUUUAUAUCACACCUUAUGUUUUAUUUUAGACAGACUGAUGUGUAAAAACAUGCCUUUGUUUUAUGAUGCCCACAAAUGUUUUCUAAAAGGUGGCACAAAAUUAUGUUAAAUUUUAGUGAGCUCAGUUUUUUUUUCAUCCUUUAAAAAAUACUUAAAAGUAGGGUUUGGUCUUUCAUUUUUGUCAUGGUUUCAUGUCUGAGAAGCAAUACAGCAUUUUACAUGAGUCCUUUUGUUUGUAGAAUAAAAUCAAGCACUGGAA